CAGCUCAGUCCCAGAACCGGGGCCCGGGCGAUGAAUGAGGCGAGGGCGUGGCUGACGGCUGCACGCGACUGCCGAGCUCGCCGUCACAACGUGAGGGGGCAAUGAGGAUGGGGAAGGAGCGGACUCGCUGCUUUCUUUGGCCGCGCCGUAACGGCUGAUUGUCGGGCGUCCUCUACUCCUGUGCCCAUGCACUAGAGCUGUAGCCGUCACAGCUGUUGCCCCGCCAUCUCUUUCUUCCGCUCGCGGCCGCCGAGGGACCGUGGUAACCGAUUCCGGCGCUACGUCGGUGGGUGACCGAGCGCCCCCGGCCGCCCUCUCAGCAUGCCAUGGGCAACAGCUGGGCGGCGCAGUGGUGUUGCUGGGUCUUCCCCAGACGGGAAGCGGGACGCCUCCAGCGAGGAGGAGGAUCAAAGUACUUCAGAACAUGCUCAACAGGAGAACAUUUCACUAUAGAGUUUGAGAACCUAGUGGAAAGUGAUGAAGGUGAAAGUCCAGGAAGCAACCAAAGACCUCUUACAGAAGAAGAAAUUUCUGCUCUUCAAGAAAGGCAAUAUAAUUCCAUUGCUGAAAAACAGAGAACUUUAGAUGACAAGCUUCAAUCGGAGUUAGCCAUACAAGAGGAGAAGUUAAGAAUAGAAGAGGAGACUUUAUAUGCUGUGCAGCGUGAAAGAGCCAGGGCAGCAAAGCAAAGAAAGUUCUUGGAGCAACAAAAGUUGCAGAGAAUAAUUCAGAAAGCAAACCAUGGAGAUGCCCAAAGUUCCAUGGUAGAAGAAGACUUGGAUUCUUAUUUGAGAAAUGUAAAACCACCAUAUGAAGCUUUCCGCACUAGUAGACUUUCAUCAGAUGCCACUGUUCUAACACCAAAUACAGAGAGCAGUUGCGAUUUAAUGACCAAAACCAAAUCUACAAGUGGAAAUGAUGACAGUAAUUCCUUAGAUUUAGAAUGGGAAGAUGAAGAAGGUAUAAACAGAAUGAUCCCUUUGAGGGAACGUUCAAAAACUGAAGAAGAUAUUCUCCGGGCAGCAUUGAAAUUUAAUGGCAAGAAAACUGGAAGUAAUCCAACUUCUACAUCUGAUGAUUCUACUGGUUUGGAAUGGGAGAAUGACUUUGUUAGUGCAGAAAUGGAUGAUAACGGUAAUUCAGAAUACGCUGGAUUUGUAAAUCCUGUUUUAGAACUUUCUGCAACAGACCAAAAAACUUCUGGUGUUGAUCAACAAGUGAGAUAAUGAAAUUGCCCAUUGGGUGCCUAGCAGAAUGGUUGAAGUUGGAAAACCUACAAACCUGUAUUGUGCACAAUAUUCUAAUGACUGCUGCUGCUGCAAAGUCUCCUUUUACAAUAAGAAAAUGACACAGUGACUGGCCUUGGUGACUGAGCUCCAGAUUUCUAGAAAAAAAAAAGGAAUCUAUGCUACCUUAUGUCGAUUAAACAAUAUGGUUUGUUAACAAUAUGGUUUGCUCUCUGAACUGAAUUGUAAGUGCAAUUUUUAUCAUUUACCUUUUAAAUGUUUAUACUUGAAUGAUUCUGUUAAGUCUAUUUUUAGGUUUAAGCAUACAGCAGCCUGCAUUAAAUAUAGUGUUACAGCUUAAUGUUUUAAUCAAUUAUUCUAUUUCAGUCUUUGUUUUUGUUUUUUCUUUAAAUAUAGUGGUACCUCGGUACUCAUUGUUAAUUGAUUCUGGGAGAUGCAAUGAGUACCAGGACAAAAUUUUCACAUCAGAAUGCAUUGAGUACCAAAUUCGAUAAAUUUCAAAGCAGUUGAGUACCAAAGUACUGCUGUACCUACAUUAGCAUAAUUUUAGCAGGAAAUCUGAUCAGCAUCUUUGUACUUGAAGUAUGAAACUAGGAAUAGGAAUUCUGCUAUGGCUUCCCAAGAAACAUAGGAUGCUGAAUCAGUCUGUUGAUCCAUAUAGCCCAAUGUUCCAAGCAUUCCAGUUCUUUGAUGUUUCAAGUAAUUCCCAGAUUUAUCUGGAAAUGUUGAGGACUGGACAUGGUGAAAGCAAACUACAUGUUCUACUAUUCAGCUAAAACAUCCCUAACAGUUUUACAUUUUUCCGUUCAAUUUGUUUUGAAAAUUAAAUAAACUGUGAAAUGUUUUUAUUUCUCCUAGUGCUUUAUUGAGAUUAAAUCUCAAGCACAAUGUCUUACAUUUAAAAUGUGUGCUAAAGCAUUAUAAGUAAAAUUAAUCAUGGCAGUAAUAAGCCAUGUAAUUACCGAAAUUUGGAAGUAUUGAAGACAUCUUUAUUUCUGUAAAAACAUUGGAUUCUAAAAUAUAGACAUGUGCAUUUUUUAAAGUUCCACAGUUCUUUCAAAUAAAAAUUAUAAAUGCUUCUAAUAUAAAGUAGUAAAUUAAUUUUUAAAUUGUGUAUAAUAUUGCUUAAUGGUAACUGAAUGCUCUUCUGAUUUGUACUUUCUGUGGCUGAAUCAAUGCAAAUGCACAUUCCAAUCAAAUUAUAUCUUUCUGAGGUAUGUGAAACAUUCCACUGUUGUAAUUUAAUUAAAAUCAGUUUAUCAGAUUUAAUAACUUCUGAAUAUGGAAGAGUGGUGACACUGUUAUUCAAAAAUGUUACUUUUAUUACCAGUAUGGUUUACAUCCCCCAAAAUUCCUGUACUUAAUUGGUUCUAACCAUUGAGAUUAGAAAACUCUUCUUGUGAAGCUGUUUUUCUGAUGAGACAAAACCUGCUUUGGAAUGGUGGUUACAUUUGUAUGAUAAAGCAGACAUGUCUUCCUCACAAGUAUCUGAUUCAUAACAAUUUACAGAGUUUAGCAAUGUAGUACUGUAAAUCAGGGAGCAGCAGUAUUUACUUCCAUACCUCGAGUUGUUGAACUUCAUUUUGUCCUACCAGUCAUGCUCUAAGCACUUACAAACUUCUGACAAAAGUUUUCUUGCAAAGCAUUUACAAUGAAAUACCAUAGACACAUAUAGACAUGAUGGCUUCUAGCAGCUGCUGCUACAAGUAGAAAGAAAAACCAAAGCUGCACUACUGAAAAUUAUUUAUUUUGUUUUUAAAAGUGUGUCUCCUUCAAGUCAAGUUUGACAAAAAAAAGUUCAUGGAUAUGAAAAAAAAAAGUUACUUUCUCCUAAACCCACUAAUUUUUUUUUAUCUUUUCUAUUUUGCAACACUCUAGAAGUUGCAUGACAGUAUCUUUUUUCCACUUCUCAGUCUAGGCUAUAGCUAUGGUACUGACUGGAAUCACUAUCCCAAGUACUACUCAGAUCUGACCUUAAGUGGGUUCCAAGCACUGACAAAAUUAACCAGAGCUGCCAUUUGCUGAACAAAAGCUGAACAUCUCUUGUACCUUUGCUACCAAAGGCAGUAGUGGUUUCUAAAACCACUAAAAUGCACACUAAUAACUACAUAUAUUCUACUUGGUAUGCUUGUGCUUGGCAUUUGUCUCUUUGCUGCUCUACAAAAAACUUAUUGCCACAUUGAUUCAUUAACUCUUUUAUAGCUUGAUUAACUUACAGAUUAUGAUUGUUAUGAUUUCAGAUUCAGAAUAUUUAUUGUUUACAUUAUUCACAUCUCCAGAGUUAUGGGUUUAAAGAGGUCAGCGACAGUAAAGUUAUAUGUUUAUAUGUAAAAAUUUAACUAAUGUAUACCAAGAUCAUCAUUUGAUUUUUUUUCCCGUGCUUUUUAAAUUUAAAUUCAAAGACACAUUUUACUAUUCAUAUCUUACACAAAUAUUUCUUUAUAUAUUGCAUUUCUAAAGUAGAAGUUUGUUGCUGAAAAAGAGUUCCGUAUUUUCAGUUCUUGUAAUAUGCUUAUUACACAUAUAUAUAUGAUUUAACAUGAUUUGUCAUUUUUGUUUAAGCUACCAAUCUUUAAGUUUAGAUUUAUCAAGCUGUGAAUAAAUUUUAUACACACUU